CAAUGGCGGUGGCGCCCGAAGUCGCGCCGCCUGCGCGAAAAAACGCGGUGCAACCUCUCCACCGGUCGACGCAGCAUCGCCACAGGCGAGCGCGGUGGAGCAAGGAGGACGCCGGGAUGGCGGGGAGCUUGGCAGCAUGGCUGAAGCCCCCAGCUCAGCAGCAGGAAGGGCAGCAUGGUUCGCCUCAAAUUAUGGAGACUGAAGGUGCGGUGGAGAUGGAUGUUGAGGUGGGAGAUGUUGGUGCGGACAGCAGUGAUAAUUAAUGAUGCCGGGAAGAUCAGCAGCCCGCAAGAAGAACAUGACCACACCAGCCGUGGCGACAGCAGCGAGAGCGAGACCGACAUGCUGUUAUGUUCGGGUGUUGGUGUUCCGCAGGAAGAUUGGUUUGGUGAGGAUGACCAGGCUAGCGCUGCAGAGCUUCUUCUUUAUUCCAGCGGCGAGGACAGUGUUCUCGACGCACUAGACGCAAGCCGCGACCGCNCGCUCUCGCGGCCCCGGCGAACUUGACGGAGAGAGCGGCGACAAGGCUGAUGAUGAUGUUCAGCCUCAGGACACCGGCGAAGCAGAAGCUGUGGGAGACACCGGCGAAACAGCAGCUGUGGAAGGAGCCGGGCACGCAGCCUCUACCGGUACAAGUGGUGAGACCGUCCGAAAAAGUUCGAGGACGAACCUUUUCGACGGGCUGUACGCUGACCCCGCCCGUACACGAGACGGGGCACGCGGCCGAUGCAGUGGGCCUGGGCGAGGAACACGGGUGGCGUCGGGGGAUGGAGCCAAGGGGAGGUUUGCGGGGUUGAACAAAAAACGAUUUAAGCACAUAAGGCGCGAGGAGAGGAAGAAGACACCGGAACAACGAGCGCGA